AUGCCCUCUCUCUUCGCAGGCGUGCAGUCGCUGCGGCUGAGGAACCUCGCUGCGAGCCCGUCCCCCGAGCUCAUGUCCAUGGCCAUUGACCCUUCUCCUCCCCAUCAUGGCUUCCUCAACGUCUUCAAGAAGAAGAUUCCGCCUCACAGCUCACAUCCCAACUUCGCCAAUCUUACCUUGCUGGUCUUUGAGGCCGUCCUCGAGGUCGUCUGUGUCAGCUUGCCAGGCUACAUUAUUGCGCGAAUGGGCAUGUUCGACGCCGAAAACCAAAAGUUCCUGGCCAACCUGAAUACACAGCUCUUCACUCCUUUCUUCACAAAGCUGGCUUCUCAGCUCUCCGCCAACAAGCUGGCAGAGCUCGGCGUCAUCCCCUUCAUAUUCGUAGUCCAAAUGCUCGUGUCCUUCCUCACCGCUAUAUUGGUAUCCAAGAUAUGCGGCUUCAGAAAGCGCGCCAAGAACUUUGUUGUGGCCAUGGCUGUCUUCGGAAACUCAAACUCUCUCCCCAUCUCUCUCGUUAUCUCCCUCUCCCAGACGCUCUCCGGCCUCCAUUGGGACAGGAUCCCCGGCGACAACGAUAACGAAGUUGCGGCGCGCGGCAUUCUAUAUCUUCUCAUCUUCCAGCAAUUGGGGCAGCUCGUGCGCUGGACGUGGGGAUUCAACGUGCUGCUAGCGCCCGCCAGUGCGUACAAGGACGAGGACCUAGGCGUGAAUGGUGCGCUCGAGAGCGGCGAGUACGCCGAAGAAGAGGCAGAACACCUGCUCCAUGAUGACUCUCACUCCGACUAUGAAUCUGGGAGUAUCACGCCCGAGUUUCGCCGAACCUACGCCCAGUCCGCAUCUUCCGAGUCCGGUAGUUCUUCCAGCGACCCGGACAUUGUUGCGCAGCGAGACCAAGUGCUAGCCAAUACGGACUUCAUCACCCCAACAAAUGGGAACGUAGUCGUCAAGGGACCCGCCCAUCUGCGAAGUCACUCGAUUGGCCAGCACGAUGUUGCGAACGGCUUUGUCAUGCCACUCAAAAGAGAUAGCAUACCUCGGGGUCCGAAAGGAUGGUGGCCUCGCCUUCGCAGAUCCAUCCAGCGCUUUGCACAAUCUACGGGCGCCAGGGUAUCCAACAUAUCAAGCCGCACAUUCGCGUCGCUCCCCAUAUGGUUACAGAAGGGGCUUGUCACGGUGCACAGGUACACAUCGAACUUCUUGCAGGGACUGUGGGAGUUCAUGAAUCCGCCACUAUGGGCCAUGCUCGUUGCGAUCAUUGUCGCUUCGGUGCCCCAACUGCAGCAUCUCUUUUUCGAUCCAGGAACGUUUGUGAGCAAUUCGGCAACGCGCGCCAUAACACAGAGCGGACAGGUGGCGGUGCCGCUCAUUCUCGUCGUGCUAGGGGCCAAUUUGGCGCGUAACACAUUGCCCAAAAGUGACGCCCAGCUGGCGGAAGAUCCAAGGUUGGAGAGGAAGCUCGUCAUCGCGUCGUUGAUCAGCCGUAUGCUCUUGCCAACGAUCAUCAUGGCGCCCCUUCUCGCUCUGACGGCGAAGUACGUGCCCGUCAGUAUUCUGGACGAUCCGAUUUUCAUCAUCGUCUGCUUCCUCCUCACAGGCGCACCGAGCGCGCUGCAGCUCGCACAAAUCUGUCAGAUCAACAACGUGUACAUGGGGGCCAUGGCCAAGUUGCUCUUCCAGAGCUACGUCGUCUGGAUUCUUCCUUCGACGGAAACAACCCAUGGGCUGGCUAUACCUGGCAUACGGAGUAACUGCUGUUUAUCUGGAGUGGCGUAUGGUGUACGGAUGCGAUUGACUUUUAGUGCACGGGACAUGCAAGAAAUAGUGUCUUAUCCCCAUGACUAUGCGCAACCACCGCCUCAGCCCAAACACAAGGAGAACGACCACACUCAUUCCUUUGAUUCUGAGAAAGCAGGAAAGAAGUUUCGUGCAAGCAUCGGUGCCAAGCGACUGUCAGGUAGACCAUCAAUAGAACGACUUGCAAGUUCGGCCAAGUCAGUCCCCUUGAACCCCCUCACCAACUCGUCCAUAUCAUCCAUCAUCUCCGAAGAUGCAGAAGGGCCAGAAGCAUCCCAGAAGCACCGAACUGCCUACGCCCGCCUGUCCCAGCAAGUUCACCAAUGGAUGGAUCAGGAGCGAGCAAGGAGAGCAGCAAGGAAAGCGAAAAAGGCUGCCGCUAAACAUGCCGCACAAGAUGCCCAUAUGACUGCUCCCACCUUAACGGACCACAACGAGGCCCCCAGUACUGAACGCGCCAGACGCGAUUCUGACCUGGAAUCUGAAGGUUCCGCUGCAUUGGAGGCACUCGCAAACAUUCUUGCGCGGAGUGCGUCUCUCAGGUCGAACGAAGGCUUUCCAAGAAAGCCGCGGAGGCUGUCUCAUAGCCAUCAUCGGCCUUCCGCUGUACUGAAAAGACAGUCAACCGUGACCUCUGAUACCGACUACUUCGAUGGCGCUGAAGAGUUGGUCCCAAGCUGCGAUGCCGUACUAGACAACUCAAAGACAAUGGCAUACAGUGGCGGGAGCUCCAGCUCUGGCGAAGAUCCCGCCACACCAGGUUCCAAGAGAAGAGAGGUCGACGCUUGGGCAACCUUCAAGUAUGAAAUUCUACGCAUCACUCAUACCCUGCAACUCAAAGGGUGGCGUCGCGUGCCCCUGGACCAAAGUAACGAGAUCGAGGUCGCACGCCUCAGUGGCGCCCUCACCAAUGCCGUAUAUGUAGUCUGUCCUCCCAAAAUCUUGCCCAGCAAAAAGGAGGAGGCGCCAUACCCGCCAACGCCAAAGAGGCCGCCUCCUAAACUCCUCCUCCGCGUCUACGGCCCCCAGGUCGAGCAUCUCAUCGACCGGGAUGCCGAGCUACAAAUCCUCCGUCGACUUGCAAGGAAGCGUAUUGGACCAAGGCUGCUGGGAACGUUCGUCAACGGGCGCUUCGAGGAGUACUUCAACGCACAAACACUCAGGUUCGAGGACCUGCGCGUCCCCGAGACUUCGAAACAGAUUGCUAAGCGCAUGCGUGAGCUGCACGAUGGUAUUGAACUGCUCCGCUCGGAACGUGAAGGCGGACCCUUUGUCUGGCGCAACUGGGGUAAGUGGGUAGACCGGUGCGAGCAAAUCGUCACUUGGCUGGAUCAGCAGGUGAAGAACCACAAGGGCGAUCCCAGCGAUUACCGAUCACCGGGGUCAAGACAGCGAGGUUUCGUGUGUGGCGUGGAGUGGCCGGUGUUUCGAAAGAUGGUGGAGAAGUACAGGAAGUGGUUGGUGGACCGCUACGAAGGCCUGCAGAACAUCAAUGAGCGGCUAGUCUUUGCCCAUAAUGAUGCUCAGUAUGGCAACAUCCUCCGUCUCAUGCCAAGUGGAGAGUCUCCAUUACUCCUCCCGAAGAACGAACAUAAGCAGCUCGUGGUCAUUGACUUUGAGUAUGCGAAUGCGAACCUGCCCGGUCUCGAGUUUGCAAAUCACUUUACGGAAUGGUGCUACAACUACCACGGCGACACCCCCCACGCCUGCAACACGCGCUACUACCCGACCCCCGAAGAACAAUCCCGUUUCAUCCGCGCCUACAUCACGCACAACCCCUCGUACAAGGCCUCGGGGGCCUCGAACCCACCUACCCCUCAACUGAGGCCACUUCGGCACUCGGGUAGCAGCACCGCGCUCGCCGCAACCGCAGCCCCCUCGUCCAUCUCAGCCUUCAUGCUGGACUCCCGAGCUCCACCAGGAGAAAAGUACUCGUACCAAGAGGUGGAGGCGCAGGCAGAGCGGGAGACGAAAGAGGAGACGACGAGGUUGAUGGCGGAGACGAGACUGUGGCGGUUGGCCAACUCGGCGCAGUGGACGGCGUGGGGAAUCGUGCAGGCAAAUAUUCCCGGCUUGCCUGAUUUCGACAAAGUCGAUGGAGAGGAGAAGGAGAUGGAAAAUGGUGAAGGGAAGACGGAUGAUGGGGAGGAGAAGGGGGAGAAGAAGGAAGAAGGAGAUGCAGCUUUGCCGGAACAGGAGCCUGAGGUCGAGGAAUUCGAUUAUCUGGCUUAUGCCCAGGAUCGCGCCAUGUUUGUUUGGGGCGACGCGAUUCAGCUCGGUAUCGUCGAGGCGGACGAGUUACCUGAGGAGGUGCGCGCGAGGGUUAAGCUUGUGGAGUAUUAG